AUGAGUCUGGGCCCAGAAUCUCCAAGAGAGGAACAAGGCUUUCUGGGGCUGGGACCCCCCAUCAUGGCUGUGUCCCCUACACCCCAGCAACGGGAAUAUGGUAAUGGCAGUGCUACGGAGGGAAGGCUAAAUGAGAGUGAGGUUUCUGGAACACCUGGAGGAUUUCAUUUUUCUGAACAUGUUCUGGACGUUUGGAUGCACGUGUUCUCGCUGCUUGUUGCCUCCCUUGGGCUGCUGGGGAACGGCACGGUCCUGUGGCUCCUGGGCUUCCGCAUUCAGAGGACCCCCUUCUCUGUCUACAUCCUCAACCUGGCGGGGGCCGACACCCUCUUCCUCUGCUGCUCCUUGCUGUUGUCCUUAAUGAACCUUCUUACCUGUGUUUAUCCUAUAACGUACAACGUAGUGGCCUACCUCCAAUACAUGUUCUACAUUGCGAGCCUGAACCUCCUGUCCGCGAUCACCACUGAGCGCUGUCUCUCCGUGCUCUUCCCCAUCUGGUACCAAUGUCUCCGCUCCAAGCACAUGUCGGCCAAGGUCUGCUCUGGGAUCUGGGCUCUGGCCGGCAUGACAGAAGUCAUAGAGUUUGUCACUCGGAAUUAUGUGUUUCCUCACUCCUUCUGUCCCAACUUCUUCAUCAUCCACUUCCUGUGGUUUCUCCUCCUCACCUGUGUGAUGUGCGUGUCCAGCCUGACUCUGCUGCUGAGGGUCCAAUGCAGCUCCCGGCGCCGGCGGCUCCCCAGGCUCUACCUCCUGGUCAUGCUCACAGUCCUUGUGUUCCUGCUCUUCGGCCUGCCACUGGGGCUCCAAGAUUUCAUAAAUGAUCGCUUCAAAAUAGAUUUCAUGCCUUUUAGCCUCUUUCAGUCCCUGGCUUGCGUGAACAGCUGCAUGAACCCCUUCAUUUAUUUCUUUGUGGGCAAACAAGGGCAUAAAGGGAGGGAGUCUCUCAGGCUGGUCCUGCAGAGAGCCCUGGGGGAGGAGCAGGAGGUGGGAGGUGGGAUGAGGGACAUCCCCCACACCAACACCCAGGAGACCUCAUCAUGA